GACGCCAACCAAUAAGAUCAUUUCAAUUCUGUGUAGAAGGAAGUUAACCGUGACCAAGUACAAUUUCACGUUAGCGUUUAUUAUUUAGAUGUUUAUUAACACCCUGGAACUCAAACUCAUUUAACUGCACAGCAUCACAUAACUCAGGUAUUCUUUAAUUCACGUUGGAGACAGGACUUGGUCGAUAUGUUAUCUAGGUAACGCUAGCUAGCUGCUAACGUUAGCUAACAAUGGCUAACUGUAUGGUUUUUCACACUCAAAUAGCAUCCAUAAUGGAGGUGCUAGCUAACGCAGCUGUGGUAGAGAUCUGUAAACUCGUAGACGACGACUAUGCAGUGUUUCGUUUGGAAAUGUCUCAAAGCCAGAAAGAGAACCGGGGAUUGCGGAAGAAACUACAGCUACAGGAACUGAAGGUGGCACGGGAGCGUCGUACUAGCAGUGUCAAGAUCCUCGACCGAUACAGAGGAAUGACAAGAGGUGAAGGGCAUCUCACUGGAGGCCACAGGAGCUUUGUGAAGCCAGCGGGACACAAUACAUGGAGAGUUGACCAACCAAUCACUGUUGAUGAGGGGAGUGGAACUUCAACCCAGCAUGUUAUCGUGAUAGAGUCUGCAGAUGUAGAGGCUGCAGGUCCUGGAGGAUCGUCUCUGGUCAAGCAGGAAAAGUCUGAAGGAGAGGAGGACCCACAGCACAGCAGAGACAUCCACCCUGUAGCCACGGAGGACCUACACACCGCUGCCGCGCCCAAGCCUAGGACACGACGCAGCAUCACGGAGUCAGUAGACAUGGAGGAUGGGAAGCCUGAUCUGCUGCUGGUCAAAGAGGAGACAAUAGAAGACGGACCAGAGAGCAUUGACCUGCUAAGUGGACUGAAGAUGGGGGAGCAAGGUGGUUCGCUGGAGGCUAACAGAGGAGACUGGACGGCCAUCUUGGAUUCCCAGACCCAGACGGGUGCAGCCAAGCGCCCAGGGGACAACAUCACAGAGCAGGCCAGUGGAUGGGACAACGUCCUCAACUCUGGGCUGGGGCACAGCAACCAGAAACAGACAGUGAAACACAAAACAACAACCAAACUUAUUCUCCAUAACAACAGACUGGAUGAGACCAGGGCAAGGCGUAGAUUUGGUCUGCGGGGACGAGGUGGUGUCUAUAUGCGGCAGGAGAGAACAGACACAGACUCGGCUAGCGAUGCUGCGUCCUGCUCCUAUAGUUGUGAUUCAGAGAGACUGAUGGCGCCUCAGGUUAAACCCCUAACAGGUGCCGCCUUCAGCAUGCCUUCUAUAGGAUCUAUCAACUGGAACAUGGACCCUGCGACAACACAGACACUCCCUGGCCUUCAUCCUCCUCACACUCUUCUAAUGUUAAACCAGACCUCAGACAAUGACAGUGCCUCAACAUUAAAUGGCUACACAAGCCCAUUGACAAAUGACAGUAGCAGUAAUUCUAUCAGUAGAUCCGGUGGCAAAGAAAAGCGCUUCCCGUGUCCGUUCUGUGGGAAAGCCUUCCGUUUCCCCAAACAGGUGGAGAUCCACCAAAGGAUGCACACGGGGGAGAAACCUUUCGGCUGCGACAUGUCAGGCCAGUUUUUCACACUCGUCCAACCUGAAGAGACACCAGAGAGUCCACAGAGGGGAGGAAUCCUACAGCUUACCCAGUGUGAGAAGAGGUUCUCUCACCAGCACUAGCUGAAGAUCCACAGGAGAAACGCCAUUCGCCUGUACACACUGCGGAAAGAGGUUCUCAGAGAGGAGGUACUUCAGGAUACAAGCAGAAAAUGCACACGGAGUACAGCCCUCAAACUCAACUCUGGAACUCAAUGCCAGUUCCACAGCAUUUUUUUUCAUUGUUCUCCUCUAAAUCAGGCACUGAUUUAGACCUGGGACACCAGAUGGGUGUAGGGCUGUUAGUUAGAUCGUCUUAUGACAGCAGUCAAAUUCCACGUGACCAUUUAGUCACGGUAAUCUAGCUUCUCCAAGCUCUGAUGAUCAUUAGUAGCCUACCAAACUUGCUAACUGCCUGGUGCUCAGCAUUCUGUUGUCCCUCUUAUCACUCUAACAUCAAUGAAAAUGGAAUCCAACACUUCACGAGAGCCUGUUGCGCAACAUUUCUAUAGACUAUGCAAUUGCAUGAGAAAACGGAGUGAUGGCCUCCAUUUAAAAAGAGGAUCCCAUGAGAUUUCUAUAGGCUAGGCCUACUAUAUUUAUUUCUCAACUUUCCUAAUAUUAAGUACAUUGCUUCUCUUUUCCACAGGAGUACAGCCUAUCUGGCUGGCAUGAACCACUGGAAAAGCGUCCACCAUUAGCUAUUUAAGUGUAUUUUUCCCCCCACUGCCCCUGUUUCGAGACAGGUCCAUUCUAAAUCAAAACUAAUUUCACACAUAUAUUAUUUAGUAUAUGUAAAGACAAGAUUAAAUCAAGAAUAGUAUGAUGGGUGACAAUAUUAGCGUUUCAUUUGUAAAUGAUGCCCAGUGUGUGGAGUAAAGCAGGAAACAGUGCAUGCCUUUUUUAAAUCAGUCACACACCUCAUGUAGCCUAGCCCAUAUGUUUUGAUAAGGUUUUAAUAACUUCUUAAAAUGAAGCACAUUAAUCUGUUACAACGGGUGUAGAGCCUGCGUUUCAAGAUUCUAAAGUGAUUUCAUUCCAAGGUAGAUUUGCUUUUAGCCAAAUCCUUUUAGAGCAAGCCAAAUAAUUUCAUGAUUUGAAAAGUUAUCCUAGAUCAGGAUUCAUUGUUUGAAUGGUAAGAUGACAAUCUUUUGAAGGAGUUUGCUUUAAAAAUGGUGUUUUCCCGCUAAUGGAACAUUCACGCUUACAGCAUACGGCUGUGUGCGCAUUGCUGCGCUUAUAAUGUGAAGAAAUAGCCUAAUAGUUAACAUUUUUAAGCUAAACGUUCUGAUCUUUUUCGUCAGCCACAUUGCUUUAAAAAGGUUUUGAUGCUGGUGGUUGUAUUAAUUUGGGAUCUAUCGCAUCCCAUAACUGUCCCAGGCUAUUUAUUUCUCGCACAGAAUAGGUACACUUUUGUACUAUGGGGGCUAGUGCUUUUGCUGUUUGUUAGGCCUACUCAUCUUGUUGGCUGACAAAGUAAAUGUGGACAGUUCUUCCAAUAUCUUCAAUAUGCGCCUCGGAAUUUGAUAGGAGCACGCGCAGUUGCGUCCGUCUUCACUUGUAGCCUGUGAGAAAGAGCCGAUCACGUGACGGAAAGCCAUGUGAGUGAGGUGCUUCAGAGCACCCAGCCAGAAGGAAAUUAUAAUUAUUAUAUUCAGCCCAAGGGCACAACAGCCAUUGGCCGCAAAAGGCAUGGAUUUUUUUAGGGGGCAUUGCGGCCACACAAAGGGGAUGCAGCCGGGAAAUUCUAGGCAUUAUCAAGUGCUUGUCAAAUUGUAAAUGAGAAACUGAUGACGUGUGUACCACCUGCACAAAAAAAGAAAGCAGAGCUCAUGCCUUUAAUGCACAUUUUUUCAAAUCGUCAUUAGUCACAUCAUGCAGCCUUACAAUGUAUUAAAAAUCCUAACAUAUAGCUAAAAGUUUCACAACAACAUUUACAUAACUCUAAAUGAAGCAUAUUAGGAGUACCUGUUUCUUCGUGGACCGCUCUGUAAAAAUGCUUCACUCAUGAAGUGACACCUAUGUCCCUUAGGUUCAUUCUGGUGUUUUAUAUUGAGAAUGCCUUAAUUAACUUGACAAAGUAGUGAAGAUGUGUUUAAUGUUGAACAUUUUCCAAAGUUAAUUUUAUCCAAGCGAGGGUACCAAUUGUACAGAAAAGGUAGGGUUAAAAUAGUGAGUUAUUCCACUUACAGUUUAGCAGACACUCUUAUUCAGAGUGACUUAGUGCAUUCAUCUUAAAGGCCCAAUGUAUCUGUUUUUAUCUCUAUCAAAUAAUUUCUGGGUAACAAUCAACUACCUUACUGUGUAGGCUCGGGCGGUUUACCGUAUACUGAGGCAUUUGGAAAUAGGCACGGGAAGUUUUCAAUACCAUUAACUAUUUAUUUUAUACAUUUGAAUAUACUUGUCACUUAUUGUUUUGUGCAAUAAAAGUAUUGUACUUCAAAGUUGAGUAUGACCAUUUUGAUGAAAUGAAAUACAAAAUUGGCUGAC